GGUUUUCCAAUACACAUGCGCAUUGCCAUUAAUUCCGACACAAACUUCCGCUACGCGCACUUUGAAUGUUUGGGAAAUGAGGUGAAUAUUUUGAUACGAUAUGAUGAAAAUGCCUGUCUUGGAGAACGGAAAAACGGAAACAGAGGAAGAAGAAAUGGAGCAAGAAACCCCGGGAAGCAACAACAGUUCUGAUGAUGACUCAGAAAUGGGUUCAGAGGAAGAAGAUGGUUCAGAACUUGAUGAAGAAGAAUGUGAAAGAAGAAAAACAGAAUGCCUAGAUGAUAUGGCAGACCUAGAAAAACAGUUCUCAGAUUUAAAAGAAGUGCUUUACAAGGAGAGAAUGGGUCAAAUUGAACAUAAACUGGAGGAAGUUAAAGCAGGCAGGGCCCUGGAAUACCUCAGUCCUCUGGCACAACUACAGGAAAACAUGAGGAUUAGAACAGAAGUAGCAGGAAUCUUAAGGGAAUUCAGGAUAGACAGUAUUCAAAAUAAAUUUGAAAGUGAGGUUUUAGCUGCACAGCAAAAUUUAGAGAGUGAAAAGGAACUUUUAUAUGAUAGUGUCAAAGGUGAACUUGAGGAUAGAAUUCGCCGACUAGAAGAAGAUAGACAUAAUAUAGAUAUAUCUUCAGAUCUCUGGGAUGAAACACAAACAAUGAGUAAGAGUAAAAAGAAAAUAGACGGUACUUCUUCAGAACGAAGGAAAAAACCUGUUUCUGUGUCAGGGCCCUAUAUAGUAUACAUGUUAAAGGAUGUAGAAAUUAUAGAAGACUGGACAGCAAUUAAAAAGGCACUCAAACAGAAAAGGAAGUCAGAGUAUGAUUUCUGCUGAAGCUGGAACUUCUAAAUGUGCAAUGUUUAUGUGGUGCUUCUAAAGCAGACAGUCACUGCCAGCUGUCCGUAGCCUCGGUGUUCAGGUGUCAAGGACAUCUCCAAGACAACACAAGACUUGUGCUUGCCAGUAACUUGUUAAGCAGCUGACCAUGUAAAUCCAGGUGUGGGUGAAGAAUCUGAUGAAUUAUACCCACAUUUUUGGCAAGCUACACUAGAUAUGUGUUUUCAUGGAUGUGAGAGACUCUGUUUUCUGUUACAUUAAUAUUGAUUGUGCAUGCCAAAAUAAACUAUUAUUCAAUACAGUGUGUUAUAAAAAACAAAUUUGUAUACUUGAAAAAUCUAGAUUUUGUUUAGAUUUUUAAUCAAAAAAAUAGAAUAUUUUAUAAUCUGCUUUUAUAGCCCAAUUUGGGUGACCAUCUGUAGGUUUUUCCAAUCUAACAAUUGGAGCUACCCAGUUCUCUUAUACUCAACCUCUCCUAUACAGUGAAUAAGAUUCCCAGAAUAUUUGUCACCUAGUGUCAUUGUGAACCUCCUGUUUUUCUUUUCCAUCGAAUAUCUACUUCAUACAUAAACUCUUAUUUUGAAAUACAAUAAAGAUAGAGAUAGACAAUCCACUUGCAAAUUAUCAAUUGUUUUUGACAAUUUGUAUCUUCGACGAUAUUUUCAUAAUAAUUCCUGAUUUAAUCAUGUUAAUCGAAUCAUUUAGCAUUAAUGACUGUAAAAAUGAUUGUAGAAGUUUAUUGCAUAGUUCAUGUAAAAAAGUUUCAAUUUAUCAAUAUUAUUUAAUCUAUAAUUACAUAGACUUAUAGGAGAGAUAUGAGUGGGUUAUGAUUCCACAUUCAGAGUGCUGUUUAUUUUCUCUUAUGAAUGAAAUAUUUUUAUCUGUCCAGAAAACCUUUGUCUGUACAGUUCUAGUACAUGCAUUAUUUAUUUUUGGUGUAUAAAAGUCAUUGCUGAGAUUUAUCAGUUGUUUGUUUGUAUGUGCAUUGUUAAAGAACAUAUUCAGUGAACAAAAUAAGCCAAUUUAUAUGUGCAUUAAAGUAUCAUGUAUUUUGUAUAUAUUGUUAAUGAGAGGUUGUAAGUGUAGUAAAUUAAGAAAGAAGUUGUUUUAUAAAUAUCUAAUUAAUGAUUUGUUGGAAAAUAAGUGUGUGUUUUUUUUUUUAAUUCUAGGAAAAAUUCAGGCUGACCACAUUUCAUAAAAGGACGGUAGUUCUUUCUGUCCUCCAAUUGUUUAGAUUUUGAUAUUUUUUGCUUCAUAGAAUUGAUCAGAACAAAAGUCUGCUUCAUAGCCAAUGUGAAAGGGCUAGAUUAAAAUGAUUUUAGUUGACUUAUUGGAUGUCAGGGAAAAAGAUACCAAUGAUACUCACUAUUUUUAUUGCAUAGGUCAACACAAGUAAACAUAAAUGCUUGUUUAUUUUAUGAAAUGAAACAUAAACAAAAAGGACAAUAUUAGCUGCACUGAUACUGUAAUGACUAGCUAAAAGCAAUCAGGUUUAACAAAUUUAAAGGGUCUAUAUUACCGAGUGCUAAUAUAAGAAAUGAGAAAACCAAAAUGAUGUUUCCUUUUUAUGUGUCGUGUUCAGUUUUAAUCUACAAUGAAAAGAUAUGUACCGGUACAUGUAGAUUUAUAUAAACAAGAAACUUUUCAGAUGAGAAGAUCACCAUUACUAUGUUAAUACAUGUAUACAAAUCAACAAAUACAUGUAAUUUUACAUACCUCUCUACUAGAUUUUUUAAAGAGCAUGAAGUUUAGCUACUAAAAAAAACUAUUUAUAGAUAUAUUAAUGUUACAUUUUUUUUUCUUUUGUCAUUAAAUUUAGAUGUCAUUGAAUUUCUACUUAAAGGGGUCUUGUUGAUCAAAAUGUCUAAAAACCAUGAAAUCCUGAAAAAUUGUUGAUAUUGAAAUGCAUCCUUUUUCCUUUGUACAUACAAAUGAAAUUAAAUUUAUAAUACUGCA